AUGGGCAAGCUCAGUUUCAAAGGCGAGCCCAAGACCAAGAAGCGCAAAGUCUCGGCCGUCACAGAGCCGAAUGAAAAAAGUGUGAUCACCAGCAAAGACGACGAGCAAAAGGAGGGAUGGAUGGAUAUGCCCUCGACCUACGACGCCAUUGGACCACUCUACAUCAUCAACGAAGCCUCCCAGCCACCUACUUGCCUUGCAGUCAACGUCACCAUCAACCAAAGAGUCCAUCCUCACGCUCUCACCGACUCUGACUUGCACACUGCUGAGCCAAAGGAUAUCUCACACGUCUGGGUCUGUACACGCAUACCCGACUCGGAUGACAAGGUCACCCUGCGGACUUCCAACGGGCGCUUUCUCGCUGUAGACGAAGUCGGCGUCAUCUCGGCCGACAGGGAGGCAAGAGGACUGCAAGAAGAAUGGACCCUCGAAGCUGCAGGUCCAGAGGGAUCGGGUCAAGCUGCCUUCAAGGGAGCAUACGGUAAGUACCUCAGCUUUGACGAAGUAGCGGGCGGCAAGCUCGAGAUACGUGGCGACAGCGACACACUGGACGCUCAAGAGACUCUGCUGAUCAGGAUGCAAGCCGAGUACCGGUAUAAGCGCGGCAUGCUGGACGAUAAGAAGCCUCGCAAAGAUGGUCUGACGGUCAUCAAGGACGUCAAGGGGGCAGAGAACAGCAACAUCAUGAAGUACCAGGCCAGAGGGGCUGGAAGGUUAGUGGGCACCGAUAUGAGCAAGAAAGAGCUUCGCCAGGCUAGAGACGAAGGCACACUGCACGAGACGAUGCUCGACAAGCGUAUGAAGAUCAAGAGUGAUCGCUACUGUUGA